AUGGCAGGCUAUGGUGGAGCUGCAGACGGAACAGCCUAUAACCCUCAAAGUCAAAUGAAUUUGAGUUCACUCAAAAAUCAAAUAACAGAUGUCAAAAAGUCAAACAUAGACAUACAGAAGCAAAUAAGCGAAAACGAAAAGAAACUAGAAUAUGACAGACACACAAAGAAACUCAAUGAGUUAAACGUAGAGAAAAAGAAGAAAGAAGAACAACUGAAAGAACUAAGUACAGAGGAAUAUGCGAAAAAAGUGUCAGAAAAAGCAGCAGAAGUAGCAAAAAUGGAACAAGAUGUCAUAAAUUUGAAAAACCAUACUACUCAAUAUAAAAUACUGAAAGAUGAAGAGAUAAAACAAAAAGCCCUGAAGACAUAUAUGGAUAGCGAUGAGUAUAAAAAAGAAGUUGAAGCAAAUGUAAAGGCAGAAAAACUUUUACAGUUGCAAAACCAAACCGUACAGUAUGAAAACUUAGCACAAGAAAGUAAAAAUAACGACGCGGCUAUGCAAAAGGCAAUGAAAAGCGCAGAAUAUAUAAAAGCUAACAAUGACUGGUUAGAUGCCCAAGCCAACGCUAAAGCAGCCCAACUUAUAGGGUCAAUAAGGACAAAAAUACAAGCGGAUGAAGAUAGUUCAAAUGAAGCUUUAACAAAUGCUGACUUUAAGAACGCUUUCGAAGCUCUUCAUAGUAAGGUGAAACAAGUGAACGACUUCUCAUCUGGAAAGAAACUGAAGUCUGAAGGUUUCGACAACGAGUUAAGAGAAGUAGCACAAAAUAUGACGAAAAUAACAGAUGCAGCAACGAGACAGGCAGUUCAAAGUGCCUAUGACGCCGUUAGAGCAACUGUUGUGGAAAGUCAAGAAAAAGAGUUACAACAGACCAAAACAGACCUAGUAAAUGCUUUCUUAAGAACGAAAAGUCAGGUAGGACAUUACGCUGCAGAUGGAACAUAUGUGCCAGCUGGUGGAACUUAUAUACUAGCUAGUGGAACUUAU